AUGGGUGACUGGUCCAUUCUUGGGCGUUUUCUGUCCGAGGUCCAGAAUCAUUCUACUGUGAUAGGCAAGAUUUGGCUCACCAUGCUGCUCAUUUUCCGGAUCUUGUUGGUGGCCUUGGUGGGAGAUGCAGUCUACAAUGAUGAGCAGUCCAAGUUCACCUGCAAUACCCAGCAGCCCGGAUGCAACAACGUCUGUUACGACACAUUUGCACCUGUUUCCCACCUGAGGUUUUGGGUUUUUCAAAUUGUGCUGGUCUCUACACCAUCCAUAUUCUACAUCGUGUUUGUUUUGCAUAAAAUUGCCAAGGAUGAGAAGCUCGACGGUCAGCGGGCACAGGUGUUGAGGCAAAGUCCUUCAAGGCAAGGCAUGGGGCAAAAAGAUGGCAAGGAGAAGAUGAGGGUUGGUGUACCUACCUACUGUCCUCAUUUCAGGGAAGAUUGGGACGAGACAGAAAGAACACAACACAGCUUUCUGGAGGAGGGCCACGGUGCAUUAGCAGAAGACCCUACAAAGCAAUCCAAACAGGUUCUGCUCAUCUACAUCCUUCAUGUAUUUCUUAGAUCCAUCAUGGAGAUCACCUUCCUAGUGGGCCAGUAUUUGUUAUUUGGGUUUGAGGUGCCCCACCUCUACCGUUGUGAGACCUAUCCUUGCCCAACUCGCACAGACUGUUUUGUGUCUCGCGCCACUGAGAAAACCAUCUUCCUGAACUUUAUGUUUAGCAUCAGCCUGGGCUGCUUUGUGCUCAACAUAGCAGAGCUUCACUACCUGGGCUGGGUCUAUAUUUUCCGUGUCCUCUGUUCAACAUGCUCCAACUGUUGUGGUCAAGAGAAGGUUCCAGAUAAAAUGUACUCCAAGCAAAACCCACUGUUGCUUCAACUCAGGCAUUCUCUGAGAGGUCAGCUGGUUCUGCAGACCCGAUCCGCCAUGGCUCAAGAGAAGACAGGAGGUCUUCUUACACAUGCUCCAGCUAUAUCAUUUGAGACAGACUCAACUGUGGAAUGCACCUCUAAGAGGAGUCCUGAGAACAUGGACAAGGUGAAGGUCAAGUUGGCCAACAUGGCCAGGUUGGGACGAACUAAGAAGUCUUGGCUGUGA